UCUCCUUUCUUCCUUUUUAUUUUUAAGUCAAGAUUAAACUUUCUGAGUGAAGUGAAGAAAUAUCUAAUCUUAAUUGAACGUUAAUCUCAAUGCUGGUGAAGGAGAAGACCCCGAAUCAGUCCAAUUUGUGGGCCUUGGUAACCCAGCAUGGAGAAGAGAAGAAUUAGAGAGUGAUAACGAAGAAAACCAAAUCCGAAAACAACCGAGAAGCAGACACGUCGGACGGAAAACACAGGAGGAACACCAGCCAACGAGAUAUAACGUAAAAUGCAUGGAGGUUGGUCUUGCAAACAUGAGUGACAAUAAGCGCACAAAGAGUGCAGUGAAUUUGCAGAAUGACAGAGGAGGUGAUAAUCAGUUUAGUUACAAUCAGUAUGGCCAUAACUCAAGGGAUUGGCAGUAUGAUAAUAAGUCCUUCAGUACAAAUGCAGUUGACAGUUCUGUAGAUCGUCCUUUUCAUAGUGGUGAUUCACAGAGUGACAGCUCAUACUUGGGCCAGCAGAGGAAUGCCCCCUACAGAAGUGGUCAACAUAGGGACAGUACACUAAGAAGUGGUCCCAGUAGAGACAACUGUGGAAGCAACCCUCCUUGGGGAAAUGCAUCCAGAGAUAAUUCAAUGAGGGGUGGCCCAAGCAGGGAUAGUCCGUACAGAACUCACCCAUAUAGACGUGGCCCAAAUAUGGAUAAUCCUGCGAGGGAUAGGAUCAACUCUUAUCGAGCUUAUGAUCGCAGUAGUGAGAGAGAAGCUCCUCAGACACAAAGUGGUGAUGUAGGAGGAAUUCUUGGUCGGAAUGGGGGAAACACAAGCAAGAGACAUGACAGUGCACUGGGUGAUUGCAGCUACAAAGGUGACACAAACUACAGACAAGUACCACCACCUCCACCGUGCCUGAAUCCGACCUUGUCUGUUGCUAAUUCAGGCAGUCAGGGAAUUAAUGACUUUCUGACUGAGAAGCUGGGUGAAUACUCUGUGAACAGCAGCGCAGAAGCACAGCAAGCGUUGAGGGUCAUCAACAUGUUCUUAAAACCCAUCCAAGAGUAUAGUAUCAAGCUUCAAGAUGCAAAAGCCAUUGCUCUCUUAGUCCGUGUGACGACCGUGAAUGUUCUCAGAAUGUUGAGGAGGAAAGAGUAACAGCAGUGUAUGUGAAAUGUAGUGUUUCUUGGAAUGUGUUUUUUGGCACAAUGUUACAAAUGGUGUUCAUCAUGUGAGAGUUGAUGCACGAGUAUCGGGACAUGUCGCAUUAAGAUUUGAAAGAUGAGGCGAAUCACAAUUGCAUUGGAAAUUGAUAAUGUGAGGUCAUAUUCAAUCCCUCUUUUUUUCUUCUUCCAUUUGUAAUACUGUAACAUAAUUUACUACUUAAUAUUAUUCAUAUAUGUGUUUUUUCUACCAAUUUCAUCAGGUAAUUAAUUAGGUUAUUGAAAUGGUAAAAUUUACUGAUAAAAUUGGAGCAUGAUUUAAUACAGUUCUCUUUGUAGAAGCACCAUAAUUAAAAGUUGAGGCAUUGUGUCACUAUGAUGCUGUAUGUAUGAUAUGUGAAUCUGUUCUGGAAAAGACAAAUAAAAUCUGUGAUGGCCAAAUA